AUGAGGAAGGUCAAAAUCGACGCCGAUCGGAUAUUGAAUCUCUUGCGAGCGGAUCCAUCGUCCGAAGAACUCAUGAAACUCCUAAGAGCACUGCCUAAUUUUACCCAUGAAUCAGUUGUGAACGCGACAUCUCCGAACGAACUCGAAGAGUUCGGUCAGAAGACCGGAAUCAAGAAACCAAUGGAUGAGAGCGCGCGAAGUCACGGAGUUUUGCUUCAGAAUCGUGCCUAUACGACAAUAUGCGGUGAACGCGCUUAUUUCCUGACCGGUGAUUUGGCUCGAUUAGAGCGAGCUCUUGUCACUUUCACCGUGGAGAGGUUGAAGAAGCUCGACUUCAAAAUUAUCUCGGUUCCGGAUCUCAUCUCGGCCGAUGAAGUCGAGGCGUGCGGAAUGCAGCCCUUCGGUCAAAGAAGCCAAGUAUAUCGAGUGAAGCUGGGCAAACAAAGAAAACUCUGUCUCUCUGGAACCGCAGAAAUCGCCUUGGCGAACUUAUUCCGAGACAAAGCGUUCGAAAAUUGUGAGCUUCCACUCAGACUCGGAGCCGUGAGCCGCUGCUUCAGGGCGGAGGUCUCGCGCUUGAAAGAAGAGAAAGGGUUGUAUCGAGUUCAUCAGUUCACCAAGAUUGAGAUGUUCGGCUUCACCGAGGCGGACCUCAAAGCGAGCCAGGACCUACAGGGGGAAUUCGCAGAGAUCGAGAAAUCCUUGUUCCGGGAGCUCGGUCUACAUUAUAAAGUUCUGGACAUGCCCCCCAUCGACCUCGGCAGACCCGCUUUCAGAAAAAUCGAUAUCGAGGCGUGGAUGAGCGGUCACAACUUCUACGGUGAAAUAUCUUCGACAUCGGAUUGCACCGACUUCCAGUCGAGUCGCCUCGGAAUCACCCACCAGGGUAAAUAUGUGCAUACGGUCAACGGCACGGCCUGUGCGAUCCCUCGAAUGCUGCUGGCCAUCGGAGAAACUCAUUCGACUCAGGAUAAGAUCUGUGUGCCCGAGGUGCUUCGGAAAUAUAUGGACGGUAGACACACGAUCAGAGCUCAGCCGAUGUUCAAGAAAUGGACUAAAGUACCUUUUUACUAUCUUGAGAAUCGCGAAGUGGAGGCCGAAGACGCCAUCGCCGGGAUUGACAAGCUCGGCGAGAGCUGCUGACACGCGACUGAUUCCAAACGAUAUCGGCGUAUGACCCGCCUGACCCCGCGUUUCCAGGUUGAAAAUGGAUCUCAAGUCCGCGGCUCAUUGAGCCAUCUGACUUAUCGUAACAAA